CUAUUAUCCUGAUUCUGACCAAUCAUCGUUUAGAUUAGAAUGAGGCGAAAGAAAAUCAUCAUGGCGGAAUGAAGUGUUGCACUGUGGACCGACGUUAUCAUGGCAAGCAAAGUCGUAAAACCGCGUGCACAAAGAUAUACCCUCUUAACGGACGUUCAGAGAAAUAUACUUAAGCGAUAUUUUGAAAAUGGAAUGAUCGGUACUGGCCAGCAGCACCAAGAACAGAUAGCCCGAGCAGCUGAAGAAGCCGAUCUUUCGAAGAAUCAAGUUGGGGUAGGUUUGUCAUCUCUUUCAUGAUAAGGCAAUCGAAAUUUCUGUUUCUCGGAGGCCCCUUUAAACUAUCGACGGGAAUUACAGACAUUUCACUUUUUGCUGUUUAUUCGUAUGGCAGCUUUCUCGACAUACAAUUGUGCUCUGCUGUGGUCUUUUUUAGUGUUUUAUGUUGGUAAAAACUGCACGGUACAACAUGUCAUCCAGGCUCAUCGUUUUAUAGGCACUUUCAGUUGUUUUGCUUGAUCGUGAGUGACAGACAUCACUCUCUCCUCGCGGCCCACCCGUCUACCAAUUUUGUUGUCGCCUAUACUUCUACUAAGGUUCUUCUAAGAAUGGACAUGGUAUUCUCACCAUACUUUGAGGAUCGCGUGGUAUGCUUUUUUAUGACUGCAUUAAGCUUUGGGGUGAGACUAAACUGUGGAACCUGCAGAAACCAGCGGAAACUAGAGAAAUGACUGCGUCUUUUGCACUAACUCGCCUCAACUUCAGUCGAUUUGAAUAAUCAGUAGAAGCAGACCCUUUUAGGUGCAUUUGGACUCGAAAGAGCACCGUAGAUAGGCCGAUGCCUCAAUCUGGUUGUUAUGCAUUGAAAAUUGCUUUCAUGCAUUGCGUGACCGACUAGAACUUGCAUGUACGUCUGGAAGAUUCCUUAAUAUUUAAUUAGUGUUUGUGUUUAUAUUUCCUUUGAGUGAUUUAGCAGUUUUUGUCAGUCUUUGUAAAUAGAAGAAUGUUGUAAUGCUACUAAUAUCAAGCUAUUUAGAAGGUUCUAGAAUUUCAUGUAAGAAGUACAUUAGCCUCCGAGCUAGAGGUUUGGAAUGACUAGUUGUUCACAGGCUGAAGAAGUGAGUUAGUGUUCAUUCAAGCAUGACAGAGGUCCUGUGUGUUGACUUCAGUACUGGAAAGUUAAUAGUUCACUUGGCAGCUGGGCAGGGCCUUGUUAAAGUACAAGUUUAGAGUUUUACAGUCGUGUGAGAACUACUACGUUCAUCAGAAUUAAAGCUCCUUGUUGUUGUUCCGACAACCCUACAGAAAAGCUAAACAUCCUCUUAAUGUACAUUUUAAUGCAAAUCCUGCAUGUUGGGGGCGGGGGUGGGGUGGAGUGCGGGCAAGAGGCGGGCAUUUGAUGCGUGAGACUAUCCCCCUGUCUGGCUUUUGAUCGUGCGAAGCGACCCAGUGGUCAGGACAUUUGAGUUUGACUGAUACUGAUUUAUCUUUAAAGUUCUGGUCAGCCCAAGCAAACUGUCUCUUUUAAACUGACAAAAGUCUUGUUCAUUUAAAGUUGUGUUCUCGAUGGUAGUUACAAACAGCACACUGAAUGUAAAGUGAUUCAAAUUUUAUCGACUUUUUUGUAACUGCACAAACAAUGAGCAGUCGUAUUUUCAGUUUAACUUAGUAGCAAGAACAUACUUUUCAAAUGGUUUUUGUGUUUGUUUUAUAUAGUAUUACAUUAUUGUCUCUUUAGAAUUGUUGCCCCAUGGUGGGGCUUAUUUGACACUUUUGAUUGACAUUAGUUUCCCACACUGGGAAAUUUAAUUCCAAAAAUUUUAAUCAAAGCCCCUUACCCAACCCCACAACCCCCCGCGUGAUUUACAUUGAUACAUGUAUGAUGUCGAACUCGUUACACUCGUUCAUGUUCAAGUAGACCAAUGAUGAGCGAUUGUUACAUACAUGAUAUAGACAGACUUCACACAUCAAGCUAGGGAUCACGCCGAGAAACCGGAUGUGUCACGCAAGUGUCACAAUCAACCGUUAGUUGAUCAAAAAAAGCGUCCCAAGACCCUCCAAAGACCAAAAGUGAGUGAAAAAUCGUUCCCUGACCUCUCCAAAACUUAGAACUGUCACACAGAGCUUUUGGAUAUAAACAAUGCUUUAAGUGGUAAAAAUGAAACUACUAAUUUAGGUUAUGGGCUCCUGAUUGGACCAAGCGAUAACCCCACCCGUCGCCCAAACAUCCACUGACCAAAGAGCACCGUCGACUCUGGAUACAAGAUUGGAAGUGCAAAAAUCGUUCCCAACGACAGGGCUGGAUGAUCUCCAACCACUUUUUAAAUUCUCAGGAAGGGAUGGGGACAAUUUUCUCACUCAAUUCCAGUUUGGCAUUGAUGCAUCUCCUAUGAUUGCUCCUUUUGAAUUUUAUUUAGUGAGAUAUGCCAUUUAAAUAGGCCUUAAUUUUUUUUCUGUUAUUAGCUUAUUGUUUAUACAGGAAAUAAUGUGUGCGACUGUUCUAACUCUCGGUGAAGUCUAGACACCAUUUUGCCACCACUUCCGCUCAGGAAGGAACAGGACGCUCCUGGGAAUUGCAUCUCGUUGUGGCGUCAUUCCGUAUUUUGUAUGCCUCAAUCGCAGAUUGGUCCGUAAAUACGUUUGCCUGUCUACGGCGUUCUUUCGAGUCUAAAAGCACCCAAAAGGGUCUGCUUCUACUGAUUAUUCAAAUCGGCCGAAGUUGAGUCGAAUUACUGCAGAAAAAGUAGUCUUUUCUGGAGGUUCCGUAAGUUCCGCUGGUUCCGCGGUCUGCAGCUCCACAGAUUAGUCUCACCCUUGCUCAUUCAGUUCUGAAUUUUUUGCUUAAAACAAAGCUCUGGCUUUGAUCUUUCAUGUGAAGAAAAAAUACUGCAAAAGGGUGAAAUAAAGAAGCUAAACGAUUCGGGGAAUUUUUUUUAUUUGUCGGAACUUUCUUGUUGAGAAGCAUUUCUAUGCUCUAUGACGCUAUACCUUUUACUAACCGAGUUUGAGGUCCAUACUGUAAGUUACUCGCGCUUGGGUCAUAAAUGGAGGGGGAAACGAGGAUCCGUAACUUGCAAUACGGACCGAGAAAACGAGGUUAGUAAGAUAUUUGUUAUAUCUCUGGAGACUUUGCACUGUAUCGGACAAGUUUAGCGGGUCAGUACGGCCCACAAAAUUGACCAAUCACAGCGUGUGUACUAUCUGAGACAUAUAAUAAAAUCAAUAGCUCUCAGAAUACACGUUAAUGACAUACAAAGCCUUUUUUAAUUAGCAUUUUCUUGCUCUUCUGCCAAUAAUUUUAUCUCGGUUGAAACUUUUUGUAAAGGACAAAUGUUUUACUUGCAGAAAUGGAUUGGCAAUGAAAGGAACAAGCGCAGAUGUCAGAGACAGCACACUGAUGCUACUGACCAGCAACCAGCGAAGAAGAUCAAACUGCCGCCCUUGCAGAGGGGCCCAAAUCCAUACAACCUUUUUGUGCUGAAUUUUUUUUCGAAAAGGUGAACUAAAGUAAUAAUAUCUCGAAAUCUCUUACAGCUUGCAUAAUAAUUAUUAUAGCUGGUGCCAGUAAUUAUUAUAGCUAUUCGUUAUGUUCAUCAUCGUUUCGAUGUACUAUCCUCUUUACCCUCUUUUCAGGGGAUUGUAAAGGUCUAAGCAUGUCGGAGAAAAAUCGUCUGGCCUCCACGCGAUGGGAAGCCCUUUCAAAGGAAGAGAAAAAAAAAUUUGAGGAUAUAUCGAAAGCCUACAAGUUUCCUGAUGUCGCCGAGUUUUCCCAAGAGGAAAAGAAAAAACUCAUCGAUAGACAUAGGAGGCAGUUAUUGGCAGAGGUUUGAAAAAAAAAAAAAGAUUUAAGUUUAAGUUUUUUCUAUUGGUUUUCAAACUGAUGAUAUAUCAUGGCAAUGAGAAUCAACAAUCUUUUCACACUGACUCAUCCCCAGUCGUCUUUCUUGAACCUCUACAGUGUCGCGCACGGUGUGAUGGGAAGGUAGAGCACCUCGUUAUGACCCGCGCGCUAAACUUGGUCCGUAACUUACAGUGCGGCCGUCGAAGUUAGUUAGUAUGCGGUAUUUAUGUAAGAAAAUGGACAUUUGCUUGGUGGAAAUUAAAAUAUAGUUGAAUAAUUAGACUUCACUUUUGUUGCGCUCGACAAAUUGACCACAACUCUCAUUUCGUGCUUAUUUGUUGGGGGACCUGUGCAAUCCACCCGAGAGUAUUCGAAGUUGCAGCCCGUUUUAUCUGUUCCUCUGUUACGUAAUAGCCUAAGUUUACAUGUCGGCCGCACUAUAUGUGUGAUUACUGUUACUAGUAUAGUAGUAGUCUAUUUUGUCAUUUCUGAUCAUUUUUUUUUAAUUUAGAUUAUGUUUUUAGAAGAACUUGGAUGCAACAGCGCAUUAAUGUUUAUUGAUGCAUUUGGAGAAGUGUUUAAUCUCGGAUCCGUGGAAGGAAUUGGCUUUCUCAGUUCAAAUGAGGAUAUUUUAGCGAAAUUUAGGCAGCAUUUUUGUAAGUUUGUUACGCCGUGAUUAGGAUACACUUAUAUUAUGUUGACUUUCGGCUGUCCUAUAACGUUUUUCCUUAGUCAAAACAAGCAGUCAUGAUGUAUAUGCUUUGAGCCGGGGAGAUUUGCAGCUUGUCAGUGCCCCUAAGUACGUUAGCUUGCGCGCGGAAAGCCAUAGCGAUACCCUAAGACAAGGGUCUGCUCCAAGGUGAAAGGAAAGAGGCAAAGGGGGUGGUAUGUGAUUUGAGUUGAGGGAAUGAAGUAUGUUCCAAAAUAAGUAACGAUUCCUUAUAAUCAAUAUUUCCUUUAAUAAAUAGCUUAUUGUUAGAUGUUAGCAUAUUUGGGAUUAUUUUUGAUCAGUGAAGUUGGCAGAGUAAAUUAUUCGCCGAAAAUAGAUUGACAAGCUACAAAUGUUUAGAAAUUCGGCUCUCAUUUAAUUCGAUCAUAGCCCACUUUAAUAAAAAGUUAUUUUAUAAUGUGGUGCACUCUUCCCUAUUGUGCUUUUGUAGAUACCCAAACCAAGAGGUACACCUAUCGCCACGUGCAAGCCCUAUUUAACAAGAAAUACAGUAAGUUGCUAUAAACUUUAGGCAUAAAGGGGUAAAUUUUAUCUUUCGUGACUUUCUGUCUGAAAACAACAAAGCCAUGGUCGAAAGGACUAACGUUCACCUAAGUAGAAUACGUACUAAAACUACUUUUUGCAUUUGAUUUAAAGGUGAAGCAAUUGGCAAGCCGGGUUCACGAGUACCUUAUCUAAAGAAGAACUUUGAAGUUCAGGGCCUGCCGGAUGGUAUAAUUUUUAAAAAGCCAUUCUGCUAUGGCGCACUGCAGUGUAGGGCCAUAAUGGAGGCAGCAGAGACGAUUGCCUUUGUUGUCAUGCAGCCCUCCACAGCCGAAGAAUCUCAACACCAGGCCAGUACAUCUGCUUCACACUCUGUGUCCGCUGAUGUCCCAUUGUUGGUCAAGAUUGUCAAGAAGGUUGCAAGUGACGUUAACGUAAACGACGUUAUUUCUGGGAAAAGGAUCCUAAAGGAGGAGGAAAUCAACGUGGAGGAUUGCGUGCUAGAUCAAGAAGAACGUCUGACCUUAUAUAGAAAUUGCAGAAAGUUUUUUGAUCGGGAUGCGUGGGCUGCAGUCGGCCAUAACACAAGGGAUUGCAGCAGGUCUCCUAGAGACCUCAUCUUUCCCUUGUAUACCGAAGCUGAAGAUGAAGACUUUUGGUUAUUUUAUUGCCAUCAGGAAGUCAUUUCCAAAGUAUUUAAUGGCAGGGAUUCGACAAAAUUAAAGGGUUACUGGCUAGAUCGUGUAGGUAACGGUAAAAGGUACCGAAUGCUUCCUGAGGAGGAUGAGAUAAAGGUAAAAUGGAUCGUCAAAACCGACCAUGGUCCUUUAUACUAUGAGCAGUGUUUAAAUGGCAAUUCCAGUGCAGCGGAGUUUGAACUUCCAGAUUUAUUUCAGGAUUGUAUAAGGAUCACUCUGCAACAAUAUGGUUUUUUGAGAUCUUAAAUUGUUACAGUGGAACCCCGCUAACACACACUUAGCUCGUCAGUUGUUGCGACUCUCAUAAGUUUCCGUCACGAACAAAUAAAGUGUUAUCACUCACGUUGGCAGUGGCUAUGCAAAUUCAUUACACCAAAGACAGUGUUUACAUAUAGAGGAUAUUACAUGGCCGCGCGGGGAUACGAAUUUUAUCUUCGAGUGCUGAAAGUAUCUCUCAC